AUUUACCCACGAGGUUAUGUUAGUCUAAGGAUAGCAUGCUUGAUAAUUGACUAAUUUUAUAACUAUAGAAGUAUAUUUCAAAAGCAAUAAAUCAUUGAGUUUUAUUAAAUAUGAAGAAUAAGAAAAUAAUCAAACCGUCGUCGGAGAACGAAUCAGAUUCUGAGGAAGAACUUUCACCAGAGACUCAUAAAAAAUCACUAGAGAAACUAAAAAAAAUCGAUCCAGACUUUUAUAAUUUCCUAGAAGAAAACGAUGAGAAUUUAUUAAACUUUGAAGCCGACUCCGCCGACGAUGCUUCAGAUAAAGAUGAAGACGACAAAACGCAUAUUCCAGGGCCAAUUACCGGUGACAGUGAUGAAAGUGAUUUCGAAGAGGAAGGAGCUAAACCUGUGCAAGGUAGAGUUACCCUUAAAAUGGUUGCACAAUGGCAAGCAGAGUUGCAAGGCGAUGGUAAAAUAAAAUUAAAAUCCUUGACCACAAUCAUCAAAGUUUUUAAUGCAGCUAUGCUGAGAGCUACCAGUGAAGAUGGAACCACCGAGGGAGAAUUUAAAGUUGAAGGUUCUUCUGUUUUCAAUGCAGUUAUACAAAUGUGUGUUCUAUAUCUGCCUGCUGCCAUAAAAAAGUAUUUGGGAAUGGAGCAAUCGGGCAAAGAUCCACAAAAAUGUAAACAUUUUAUUAAGAUAAAAGGACCCCUAGUGUCCUAUCUCAAAGACUUGCUUAAACUUCUUGGUGGAAUAACAUCUGACAAUAUCUUAACAGUGCUUCUCAAACAUUUACAUCAAAUGUCAGUAUACAUUGCUUGCUUCAAUAGUAUAUCCAAACAGGCACUGAAAAAGUUAAUAAUGUUGUGGAGUAAUAGUGAGGAGACAGUUAGAGUUCUGGCAUUUUUGUGCAUAUUGAGAAUAACAAGGAACCAGCAAGCAGCUCUGUUGAACUUGGUUUUGAAAGCUAUGUAUUUGACAUAUGUUAAGAAUUGCAAAUUUGUCAGUCCCUCCACAUGGCCUGGAAUUAAUUUCAUGAGGCGAUCCCUGGUUGAAAUGUUUACACUGGACUUAAAUGUAGCCUAUCACCAUGUCUUUUUGUAUAUAAGACAGCUGGCUAUACAUUUACGAAAUGCAAUUGUAGUACAGAAGAUUGAAAACAGGCAAGCAGUGUAUAAUUGGCAAUUUGUGAAUUCAUUACAUUUAUGGGCAGAUUUGAUAUCAGCUACAUCAAAUAAACCUCAGCUGCAACCACUGUUAUAUCCACUUGUGAUGGUCAUAACACAUACAAUCAAGUUGGUACCAACUCACCAAUACUAUCCAUUAAGAUUCCAUUGUGUGGAGAUACUUAUAAAUCUGUCAAAGGAAUCUGAUACUUUUAUACCUGUACUGCCAUUCCUUGUAGAGGUUUUAACCACAUAUGAUUUUAACAAGAAACAUAAAAAGGUGUCCAUGAAACCACUAGACUUUUCAUGCGUGCUAAGAUUGGCUAAGUCUCAGUUAGCGGAGAAUGGUUUUAAAGACUCUGUAAUAGAUAGAGUUUAUGGUCUUUUAUUAGAGUAUAUGGCUAAUCAGUCAUACUCUAUUGCCUUCCCAGAUAUAUCAUUACUGGCUAUAAUGCAGAUAAAGCAAUUUUUAAAAUCAUGUUCAGUCUCAAAUUACACCAAAAGAUUACGCCAGUUGUUGGAGAAAAUUGAAGAAAAUUCGAAGUUUAUUGAGAGAGAAAGAGCUAAAGUUAGCUUUGCAUUGAGUGAUGACAAAAUGGUGGCAGCUUGGGAAGCAAGAAUAAAAACGAAGGGCACUCCUCUGCUCACAUUCUUUGAGAGCUGGAACAAAGUUAACAAAAUACAAAAACGUAAGAAGAUCACUAAAAAUGAUGAGAUUGCUGGGGAACUGCCCAUGAUUAAGAGACCGAAAAUAUCGGAAACAGAGGACAAAGUAUCUAAACCUGAAAACAAAGGACCAUUAGUACUUUUCCCAUCAGAUAGUGAAGGUGAAGAGGAUAACUUCAAAUUAGGCGAAGAAGUGGAAGAGGCGGAAAAACCGAAAAAGGGGAAAACAAAGAAGAAAGCUAAUAAAAAGAAAGAAAACAAGAAAGUAACUAAAGCUGAAAUUAACAUACCAGACAAAGGCGAUGUAGUGCAGGAUUUCAGUGUCAGCGACUGGUGAAAUAAAAACUGUUUAUAAAGAA